ACCUCCACCAUGCCUUCUCCGCACGCCUUUUAGGCACCGCACUGCCCGCCCGUCCGCCGUCUUUGUCGGCUUAUUUGGAUGCGCCAUGACGGAGGACCGCUGGAGGAGUUGUGGCGUGAGGCUGCUGGUGGGCACCUUAGUCUGUGCUGCGGUGUGCUGCAUCCCUGCUAAUGAAGUCAACUUGCUGGAUUCCCGCUCUGUGAUGGGAGACCCUGGAUGGGUGGCAUACCCGAAAAAUGGGUGGGAGGAAAUCGGGGAGGUGGAUGAAGACUACAACCCCAUCCACACUUACCAAGUGUGCCGGGUCAUGGAGCAGAACCAGAACAACUGGCUUCACACCAACUGGAUACUAACCGAGGGAGCCCAGCGGGUCUACAUCGAGCUGAAGUUCACCCUGAGAGACUGCAACAGCCUCCCCGGGGGCGUGGGCACCUGCAAGGAGACCUUCAACAUGUACUACUACGAGACGGACGGGGAUGAGAUGGAAGACGGGGAGCUGAGAGACGGCGAGGGGAUCACGGUGGAGGAAGACCGGGCCAUGAAGGAGAGCCGCUACAUCAAGAUCGACACCAUCGCAGCAGACGAGAGCUUCACAGAGCUGGACCUGGGGGAUCGGGUUAUGAAGCUCAACACUGAAGUCCGUGAUCUAGGCCCUCUGACUCGGAAGGGCUUCUACUUGGCCUUCCAGGAUUUAGGAGCCUGCAUCGCCCUGGUCUCCGUGCGGGUUUUCUACAAACGCUGCCCGUUUCUGGUGAAAAGCCUGGCCGAGUUCUCCGACACCAUCCCAGGAUCAGAGGCCUCGCAGCUGGUGGAGGUCGUGGGUCGCUGUGUCAACAACUCCCUGCCUCUGUACGAGCCUCCCAGGAUGCAUUGCAGCACCGAGGGAGAAUGGCUGGUGCCCAUCGGGAAGUGUGUGUGCCAGCAAGGAUUUGAAGAAAUCGCCGGAUCCUGUCAAGCUUGCAAGGCGGGCUUUUACCGCUCGCUGCUGGAGUCUUUGGCCUGCAGUAAAUGCCCCCCCCACAGUGCGGCCCGCCACUCAGGGGCCACGUCAUGCAGCUGCCAGGACGGAUUCUACAAGAUCCACUCAGAUCCUCCCAAUAUGGCCUGCACACGACCUCCGUCCGCUCCUCGGAACGCCAUCUCCAACGUCAACGAGACCAGCGUCUUCCUGGAGUGGUCCGUUCCCACGGAGACGGGCGGUCGGAAGGACGUCCGCUACAACGUCCUGUGCAGACGAGUCUUGCCGGGCGACAGGGGCCUGGAAGAGUGCGGCCCCAACGUCCGCUUCCUCCCGCGCCACGUGGGCCUGUCCAACACCUCCGUGAUGGUGGGCGACCUGCAGUCACACACCAACUACAGCUUCCUGCUGGAGGCCCUCAAUGGCGUGUCGGAGCUGGCCCCGGACCGCAGCAAGCAGUACGUGUCACUCAACGUCACCACCAACCAGGCUGCACCUUCCCCAGUGAGUGUGGUGAGGAAAGGUCAUGCGGGGAAGAGCAGCAUCACACUCUCCUGGGCCGAACCGGACCGACCCAACGGCAUCAUCCUGGAAUAUGAGAUUAAGUCUUUUGAGAAGGAGCAGGACUCCAGCUACACCGUCAUCAAGUCCAGGGAGACGGAGAUGGUGGUGGAAGGUCUGAAGCCCUCCUCGGUCUACGUCUUUCAGGUGCGAGCCAGGACGUCCGCAGGCUACGGUGCUUUCAGCAGACGUUUUGAGUUCCAGACCAGUCCGUACUUAACGGCCACCAGCGAGCGUGCCCAAGCCUCCAUUGUUGCCGUGGCGAUCACAUUGGCGCUGGUUCUGCUGGCCGUGGUGGCCGGGUUUCUACUCAGUGGACGACGCUGUGGCUACAGUAAAGCUAAGCAGGAUCCUGAAGAGGAGAAGAUGCACUUCCACAAUGGCCACAUAAAGUUCCCAGGAGUGCGCACCUACAUCGACCCGCUCACAUAUGAAGACCCCAACCAGGCGGUGCAUGAGUUUACCCAAGAGAUCGACGUGUCCUUCAUCUCCAUUGAGAGGAUCAUCGGUGCAGGGGAGUUCGGUGAGGUGUGCAGCGGCCCGCUCAGACUACCAGGCAAGAGAGAGAUGCAGGUGGCCAUCAAGACGCUGAAGGCGGGCUACACGGAGCACCAGAGACGGGACUUCCUGUGGGAGGCGUCCAUCAUGGGACAGUUCAACCAUCCCAACAUCAUCCGCCUGGAGGGUGUGGUCACCAAGAGCAAGCCAGUGAUGAUCAUCACAGAAUACAUGGAGAACGGAUCACUGGACACUUUCCUGAAGAAAAACGACGGCCAGUUCACUGUGAUCCAGCUGGUGGGAAUGCUGCGUGGCAUCGCUUCUGGCAUGCGGUACCUGUCCGACAUGGGCUACGUGCACCGCGACCUGGCAGCUCGCAACAUCCUGGUCAACAGUAACCUGGUGUGCAAAGUCUCUGACUUCGGUCUGUCCCGCAUCCUGGAGGACGACCCUGAGGCCGCGUACACCACACGGGGAGGGAAAAUUCCCAUCCGCUGGACGGCUCCAGAGGCCAUCGCCUACAGGAAGUUCACCUCAGCCAGCGACGUGUGGAGCUACGGCAUCGUCAUGUGGGAGGUCAUGUCGUACGGAGAGAGGCCCUACUGGGAGAUGUCCAACCAGGAUGUGAUAAAGGCGGUAGAUGAGAGCUACAGGUUGCCAGGACCCAUGGACUGCCCUGAGGCCUUGUACCACCUCAUGAUGGACUGCUGGCAGCGAGAACGCAGCAGCCGACCCAAGUUUGAUGAGAUCGUCUGUCUACUGGACAAGCUCAUUCGCAACCCCUGCUCUCUGAAAAAACUGGUCAACUCGUCACACAGGGUGUCCAACCUGCUGGUGGAGCACGCCAGCAUGGACGAGGACUGCAAGCUGUGGUGCAAAAGUGUGGGAGAGUGGCUGGACUCCAUCAAGAUGGGUCGCUACACGGAACUCUUCAUGGAAGGAGGCUACUCUUCGCUGGAGACGGUGGCUCAGAUGACUUCAGAAGACCUGCGGAGGGUUGGGGUAAACCUGGCGGGACAUCAGAAAAAGAUCAUCACCAGUAUUCAGGAGAUGAGAGUCCAUAUGAAGAACUCCAACACCAGCGUCAACAUCUGACACAACAUCUGUGGACCUAGUACCAGCUGAACAUUUGGACCUGGAGCAGCUCAGCACUUUCUAAUGACGAGGAAACACCGGGGUUUUGUUUGGACCUGUGAGAGGAUUUCCUUUGUGGCGUCACAGACCAGACUGAAGGGAACUAAGUCGUUUUACUCAACUCAAGACUGGAGGGAAUAUUCGGACUCUUUGGGAGCAACCAGCACUUUUUUGGCUACAUCACAAAUAUGUCAGGCCCGUCUCAGGUUUUCUUGAGUCCAGCGGUUCUUCACGGUAUCUGGAAGCGCAGUGGUGUUGGGAGUCUCUGAAAGUGGUCACCUGCCUUGUCGGUGGUCUUGGAGUCCCAUCCUGUCACACGUCCAUCAUUACUUUCAAGUGAACGACGGUGCUCAAAGGCUAUGGACCUGGUUCUGUUCUGGAUGAAUGUAUCGGAGGUUCAAGCAUCUACCGUUCUUUUGAAGUUUGCUGGCGGAUUGCAUGAACACGUCAGCCUGCUUCACGUCGUCCCUCUCUGGGGGGGAACACAAGGAAAGCGCUGGUUCAGAUCAGCCACACCAUCUCAUCUGAAGGAAACUGGUGGAUCCUUCAGGAUGCUUGAAAUGUCAUCUACCGGCUCCACGGGGAUUCCUGGAGAACUCAGUGGGAAAAGUCCUCAAAAGAUGAAGAAUGUGAGUGAAACAAUUAGAUCUCUCAUGGAUCCUUAAUCUUGGAUUGGAAAUCAUACCAGGAUUCACAUCCGUCCUCCUUCAGGUACCGCAGACUCAGCAAUCUCUUCAGUUCACAAUUUGAACCGCUGACAAAACAGAGGCAAUAUGAAAUCAAACGAUAAUCACGUAUUUAUUAUUAUUAUUUCUCAAUAUUUAUAGGAAAAUGCAAAAAAUGCUUUGUGUUUUAUCUGUGAGGCUCCGCCUCCAUGUACAUAAUGUAAUAUAGAUAUUUCAAGCAGGGAGCAUUGUUCUUCUGUCUUCUGGUAUUAUUGAUCAAGCAUCUCAGAAUAGACGUUUCUAUUAUAUGCGUAACCGACGGCAACAUUCGUGAAAGAGCGAGCUGGAGAGAGAAAGUUUGUUCAUGUUUUACGUAUUGCCAUUUUUUUCAUUCAAAGUCUAGUAAUAUUGCAAUACUGCAAUGCAGCAACUGUAAAAAGAAAAAAACUAUUGUCAUAUUUACAGCCUCAAAGAAAUACAGUAUGAACCUUUUGUGUACGCUAAGGUUUCAAGUGGGGGACACAAAUAAUCUUCUUGCAGAUGAAAUGCUAUUUAUUUAUUUUUAUUGCUCAUUCACUCGUGGACAAGAAGUACUCGGGCCACGCUGACAUGUACAACAUAUUACCACAAAUGUCAUCAUGUUAUGACAGUAAAGCCAUAUUGUUAUGAGAACAGCAAUAUUUGUCGCAUUAUAAACCUUAUGUUAAAAAAGGAGCAAUGUCACGAAAAUUAUCAAAAUCAAUUGUAAACAAGUGUUAUUGUUGUUCAAA